ACAUUACCGACCGUUUACCCAAUUUGUCGCCUCCACAGAUUUCUCAAAGGUUCUUGCUUUCUCCUUCUCCAAUUGCGUGCACGUUCUUCGCGCUAAAACCACACCCAGACAAAAAAAUAAUUAAAAAAUAAAAUUGAACUUCAAACUAUCAUCUUCCACUAUCAGUCUAUCAUUCAUUCAUCUUCACUGCACAUAGCUUCAAACUAUUCUUUUCCGUUAUCACUUACCCAUGGCUUCUCUGCAAGCGAAUCCUCAAUUUUAUUGCCGUCUCAGUCCCCCUUCGGUUAGAAAUCGGAAUUUGACCUUUUAUCGGCGGUUUCCGGCUUCAAUUUCUCGAAAAGUUAUGGUUUUUACUUUGCGGGAUGGUCGUCGAAAUAGAGAUGGAAUUUACUCGAAUAGUUGCUUUUGUAAAGCGAAUGUUACUGCAACUGAGAAUGUUUCCGUUGAGGAAGAGAACGAAAGGCCUCCUUUUGAUAUAAAUCUCGCUGUCAUUCUAGCUGGUUUCGCAUUUGAAGCAUAUACAAGUCCUCCUGAAAAGAUUGGUAGGCGUGAGGUUGAUGCUGCUGGUUGUAAGACUGUGUACCUCUCAGAGACAUUUGUACGUGAGAUAUAUGAUGGCCAAUUGUUUAUAAAACUAAAAAAGGGGAUUGAUUUGCCUGCAAUGGAUCCCUGGGGAACAAGUGAUCCUUAUGUGGUCAUGCAAUUGGAUGGUCAGGUUGUCAAAAGCAAGGUUAAAUGGGGGAAAAAGGAGCCAACUUGGAAUGAGGACUUCACUUUCAAUAUUAAGCAGCAUGCAAUAAAAAAUCUUCAGGUUGCUGCUUGGGAUGCCAAUCUUGUAACUCCACAUAAGCGUAUGGGUAAUGCAGUCAUCAGUUUGGAGGAUUUCUAUGAUGGGAACUUGCACGACGUGCUGUUGGAUUUGGAAGGGAUGGGUGGUGGUGGAAAGUUGCAGCUAGAGGUUAAGUAUAAAAGUUUUGGUGAAAUUGAAGAAGAAAAAAAAUGGUGGAAGCUCCCCCUUGUUACAGAAUUUCUCCGAAGAAAUGGUUUUGAUUCUGCAUUGAAAAAGGUUGUUGGCUCUGAGACUGUGCCAGCAAGUCAGUUUGUAGAAUAUGCUUUUGGUCAAUUGAAGUCAUUCAAUGAUGCAUACGUUACGAAAGAUCAAUUUUCAAACACCAAUGACUCGGAAGUUUCUGGGAAUUCCAACAAUUCUUUAGCAGCAGACACUACUUCACAGAUAGAGAACCUUUCCGAAGCCUCUUUUAACGAAACAAGUAGCAGUGGAGAAAGUAAUUUAGAGCGGUUGCAGACAGAUACUGAUGGCUUAGAUAAUGGACAUGUAGCAGAAUUGAUGGCAAAAGCUGGUGAGACUAUGCAAUCAAAUAAACAUUUCUGGAAGAAUUUUGCUGAUGUUAUCAAUCAAAGUAUUGUUCAGAAACUUGGUCACCCUGUUUCUCUGGAAUUAAAGUGGGAUGGAUUUGACUUGUUGAACAAAAUUGGUUUGCAGUCACAAAAGAUUGCUGAAGCAGGUUAUAUUGAGUCAGGACUCGCAACGCCUCAAGGUCAGAAUGGCGAUAUUGACAAAGCAAGUGGCCCAUUUGACAUUAGCACAAUUCAGUCUUCGCUUCCAGAUGUAAAGAAAGCAACAGAGGAUUUACUAAGGCAAACUGAUUCUGUCUUAGGAGCAUUGAUGGUUUUGACAUCAACGGUUUCUAAAUUAAACAAAGAAGCACGGCUUUUGGGAAAGGGUUCCUCUGAUCGUGAGAAGUUUAUUGGCUCUCUGGACUUAUCUGCAUAUGAUGAGAAGAAAGCUGAGGAGAUGAGAGCACUAUUUUCAACUGCAGAAAGUGCAAUGGAGGCUUGGGCAAUGCUUGCUACUUCACUGGGCCAUCCAAGUUUUAUUAAGUCUGAAUUUGAGAAAAUAUGCUUUUUAGAUAAUGCGUCCACAGAUACACAGGUAGCAAUCUGGCGUGAUUCUGCAAGGAAAAGAUUAGUUGUUGCUUUCAGGGGGACAGAACAAACAAAAUGGAAGGACUUCCGAACUGAUUUAAUGCUAGUUCCUGCUGGCCUAAAUCCUGAAAGGAUUGGUGGAGAUUUUAAGCAAGAAAUCCAGGUUCAUAGUGGUUUUCUAAGUGCUUAUGAUUCGGUCAGGAUAAGGAUCAUCUCCAUCAUUAAACUGGCGAUUGGUUAUAACGAUGAUGAAGCUGAACCACCAGUUAAAUGGCAUGUUUAUGUUACUGGUCAUAGUUUGGGUGGUGCAUUAGCCACACUUCUUGCUUUGGAACUUUCAUCCAGUCAGCUCUUAAAGCGUGGUGCAAUUUCUCUGACUAUGUACAACUUUGGGUCUCCUAGAGUUGGUAACAGAAGAUUUGCAGAAGUUUAUAAUCAGAAAGUUAAAGACAGCUGGAGAGUUGUGAACCAUAGAGAUAUCAUACCAACUGUUCCUCGCUUGAUGGGUUAUUGCCACGUGGCUCAGCCUGUUUAUCUAGCAGCUGGAGAAUUAAGAGAUGCUUUGGAAAAUUUGGAGCUCUCAAAAGAUGGAUAUCCAGUUGAUGUGAUUGCAGAGUCAACACCAGAUGCUAUCGUCCAUGAAUUUAUGAAAGGUGAGAAGGAACUCAUUGAAAAAAUAUUGCAAACUGAAAUAAAUAUAUUUCGUGCCAUUAGAGAUGGUACUGCACUGAUGCAGCACAUGGAGGAUUUCUAUUACAUCACAUUGCUAGAGAAUGUGAGAUCAAAUUAUCAGAUUGCUGCAAGACGAGAAAAUAAUGAACAAGAUAGUGUAUCGGUCAGCUAAAGAGAUAGUAACAUUGCUACCAAAGUUUGUCUACUGACUUUUCUGAACUUAUUACAGAAUACAGAAUAAUUCUUUGCAUUUGUCAGGCAGGCUCUAUAAACUGUAAGUCCAGUGGGAAUCCCAUGAAAAGAUUACUUGUACAUGCAUAUAGAGAAUCCCAUUGAAAGAUUACUUGUAUAUGCAUAGAGGAAGAAACAGAAACCUGUACUUGUACAGCAAUUUUUUUUUUGGGAUUUUUCAAAGAUAGUAAGCAUUCUAUACAAGGUAUUUAAGAGUAUGGUAUCCAAUGUUACCUAAUUAUUCUCCAUAGACAUUUCUAAUUCUCUCA